AUGACUGCGUGUGCUGAGAAGGAGGGUGCACAUGCGUGCGACUGUUUCCGCUCCUUCCACCCCCAGGCCUUCCUGUUCCUGCGAUUCGAUGACUACAUGGCCAACCCCCGCCUGCACAUCGCCCAAACGCUCGACUUCCUCGGCUUCCCCGCUGCUGACGUGGCAGAGGAGCAGUGGGCAGGGAUCAUUGACCUAGAGCGAGUGGAGCAGCGGCCGGAGGGCGUGGCGAGGGCUGAGCUGGACGGGGUCACACGAGAGUACCUAAAAGCGUUCUUCGCGCCUUUCAAUGCGGAUCUGGUGCGGUUGCUGCGUGAUGACAACUUUGGUGUGCUCAUGCUUGUGGUGCUCACUGGACGGUCUUCACUUUCCGAGGGAGAUCAAGCACAUCGUGGUGUGGCGAGCCUCAAGCACCCCACCAUGGACGCCCCUCCCGGGGAUGCUGUGCAGCGCUUGGCUGAGUUGGCAGUGAGUUGCACCGUGGAGCGCACUGCAAGUCACCCAAACAUGGCACUCAUUUCCAACGAAUUGCAGACUGUCAGGGAGGAGGUGGCGGGGAAAGAGGAAUCUGGUGCUGCCAUCAAGGUGGAUGCGCAGGUCCAGGAGAUGAAGGAUGCUGUUGCGGUUGAGGACAGCCUGGAGAUACAACUUCAAAUUAUCGAGGAUAGCGGCAGCUUCAUCACUGAAGACCCAGUCUAG